AUGACUGUAGCAACUAAUACUGUUGACUUAAAUGCCCAGUUCGAAUGGAAAACAUUAAUUGAUUCAUUUUCCACAAGCACUGAUCUAGACAUUAAUGCUAAAUACCUCAGCACGCUCAAUGAACUAAUUGAUUCCAUUCUUAAAUGGGAAGAGUUGUUAAUACGUUCAGAUCCAUUGUAUGACAAAUUUUUCUUAGCAUUCGUCAUUUUAGCAACGAAGUAUAUUACCAGUGCAUUACAAAAUAUCGACCAUUCGAUCUACUUCGAUGUAAUUAAUGUAUCAAAAAUUUUAUUAAAAUAUUUACUGCAUCAUGCAUUGCCAAAGUCAAAUGAGAAAAAUAGAUUGUGUGUUAUACAUGGAAUCCAAACAUUGUGUUAUGCACAAUCAGAUAUAUCAUCACAAGACUAUAAAGAAUGUUUAGAAUUAAUAAAAACAGUUGAUUGUCCACAAAUAAAUAAAGAUGAUCGUCAUAAUCGUGAGAAAAAUGGCAAUACAAAAUGUCGGGAAAAUCAAAUGGCCGGCUCACUAUGUAAUAUUAUCUUGUGUGAUUUUUCCACAGAAGAUGCUAUGACCAAAUUAUCCCAAGCCUAUUCUAGUAGUAGUAGUACAGGUGGUGGACAAGGCACCGGGAGAAUGACAUUUUCCAAAUAUUUAAGUCAGUUAAUGAUCAACUAUUUUAAGCAACUACACGGUGAUCAAUUAGUAUGUGAUAUUUUAUUUAAUUUACCAAUAUUGAAUAAACAAUAUCAAAUUAGUAUGAGUGCUAUAUUAACAAAUAAUGAAUUGGUCACGAUUAAUGAUAUCACAGUGUUUCGUGAAAGUCUGCCACUAAUAUAUAGUGAUUUGGAUUUUGUUCGUAAAUGUCUUAAUUUACCAAUAUUCGAACCGUUAACCGAACAACGUCUGAAUAGUUUUAUAUCGCUAACAUUGAAUUCAUUAUUCAUUAGUUUAAUAUAUAUAUCACUUGACCUUACCACAUUGCCGCCAUCGACGGUCGACUGCGAUCAGUUUCUACAUGAUAUUGCUGGAAUAUCUAUGAAAAUAGGUGAAAUGAUAAAAAUGUCAUUACGAUUCGUAAAUUCUAAAGAGAUUUAUUUGAAUUAUCAUCUCUUAAUUACAUUAUUGUUAACAAAAGGAAUUAAACAAAUAUUAAAUAAUGGAAAAGAAAUAUCACAAUCAGCUCCAUUGAACAGUCUCUUAUCUCAUUUGAUUUGUGUUUUAAUGUUAUCAACGAAAGAAAUAUGCAACGAUGUUAGAAAUGAAACAGUAGCUACAGCAACAACAACGUGGCUUUCAUCCAUCUCAUCCGUUCUUCAACCAGCUGACCGUUAUUCAUAUUUAAAACAAAAUCAAACAUUUAAACUAUUUCUAACCGUAUUAAGUCGACUGGUAUAUCGUUCAAUUCACAUGAAUACAUCCGUCGUUAGUACAACACAAACAACAGUGGUCACACCGUCAAUACCGCAAGCUCCACCAUUACCAACUAGUUUCAAACAACCAUCGCCAACAAAUGAUCCAGAUAUCGGUAUUGUAUCAUCGAGUGAUAACGAAGACACUGAAGAGGGUGAUCAAUUAUUUAUUUCAUGUUUAUUUGAUGAGACGAACGGUGUACGUUCUAGAACGGGACCUCUAACAUCACCAUUGCCACAAAAUCCAAAUUCAAACAGAUCAAAAUCAAACAGAAAACGUCGUUUAAUGAGUAAAUGCUUAGAGACAGACUCAUGUCAAAAUUCUGAAGAUACUCCAGAAGAAGAUGCUGAUGAAAUAUUAAGUUUUUUGGAAACAAAUUAUUUAGCUAUGGACUUAACAACAUCAACAGUUUUAUACAAUGAUAUCAGUGAAACAAUGAAUUCUAAACAGGAGUUAGAUAAUUUAGCAAAAAUAAUUAAACAUGGUCUGUCAUCACCGCUAUUAACACGUUUCAUGAAUUCGUUAAUACAACAAAAUAUUUUAACACGGGAUAAUGAAAAUUAUUUAUUAUCAUGUUUAAAUAUUUCUCCUAUCUCAACGUCAAAUAUACAACAUUGGCCCCUAAAUAUUCAUCCACGUACACUAAAUAUUCUACUUAAAAUUAUUCUUCAAAGAAUAUUGGAUGAAGAUAAACAACAAUUGAGUAAACAACCGGUACAUUUAGAAAUGGUUUAUAUAUGGAAACAAUUCCUAAAAUCAUUGAAAGACGUAGAAGAAAAUGAAAAGCAUAAUGAUACAGUAAAUCUAGAACAUCUUCAAGUGUUACUUGUAUUUUUUCAUCAAUUACCAAUAAUGAUAAGAAAAACAUUACUGUUGAAAAUAGCCAAUGACAUCAUAACAACAAAACCAAAAUAUGUGAUUUUAUAUUCGAGAUUACUUAUUAUAUUUGAGUAUAUGAUUCAUCAUUUUUAUGAACCACAACCACAAUUAAUACAAAAUAUUCAAAAGAGAAUUCAUGCAGCACUGAAAACAUCACAGGAUACAAAUGUUGAUACACAACAGGCUGAUGAUAGUGAACUUGAUAAACAAUAUCGUUCAAAAUAUCCUCAAUCAACAAGUCCAAGUUAUUAUCGCUUAACACGUUGUAAUGAUGCAUCAAAGUCAACAGAUCAAGAAGCUGAUAGUACAUCAAAGACGAUACGUAUUGAUGGUUUAGCCAUGAAUCUUUUACUUAGUAAUCCAGAUCAAUUAGAUUAUAGUCAGUUGUAUUCUCAUCUAAUAAAACAAUUGGAUUUUACAUUACUACCGAGUGAAAAUGAAAAAGAUGUCUAUUCAUUAAGAUAUUUUUAUGAUAUAUUGUGGUGUCUGCUCAGUUGCUUACCACCAUCUACUACAUAUAUGAAACAUUUGUUAUCAAAUGACGACUGGAUGCUUGAUUCUGCAUUAGUAUUACAUACGCUGAGAAUAAUGCCAAAAUUAAAUGGAAAUGAACCAUAUUUGACGUGGUUAAAUGAUAUGAUACAAAAACAAACACCAGAUGAAACAAAUACGUCAUUAGUUAAGCAAGUACAAGAGAAAUUGAAUGAACCAUCUUUUCUAAUCAAAUUGUCAUCAAUUACACAGGAGCCAUCGUUAUUCAAUGCUUUUGUGUUUAAAUCAAUUCUUUGUUGUCUUGAAUCAUCCAAAAGUGCUCCAAUUCCCAUCGAUCAAUUAGCAUCAACCAUUAAUUUCUAUAUCGAUGAGCUGAAAACAUCUUUGAAAAACGAAUUAAGUGCUCAAUACGAUUCAUUGACAUUAUCACAUUUCUUUGAUCAUUUGUAUUCGAUUCUAACUGAACAACCGCCAACACAAAUCAAAACACCAACCGCCAUUCUUCCAAAUAUACCAAAACCAAUAUCAAAAUUAAUCGAUGAUCGUACAAAAUCAACUAUACCAUCUUCAUUAACGACAACAGUAGAUUUAAAUCAAAUGUAUAAACAUUAUGUUGGUUAUUUAUUAAACGAUACUAAUGAAGAUAAAGGAAAUAAAAAUUAUAUGAUGAUUAAACAAAUUCUUCUUACACUUUGUAGUAAAGAGUAUGAUGAUCAACAACUCUACAUACGAAUUAGUCUCGAUUAUACACUAUCAUUUUUAAAUGUAAAAGUGCCUAAAACUGAAGUACAACAACAAGAUAUUUAUAAUUACAUAUAUAAAAAUAUAUUUUCAGUGUUAUUUGAUACUCAGUUACCAAAUGAUAUUAUUAAUGAACAGUUUUUUCAUGAUUUAUUACAUUAUUUAGAAGAACAACAGCCAUCACAAACAUUCUUUACAUGUUUACAACAAACACAACAUGAUCUCUAUGACCUUUUAUAUUUAACAUCAAAACAAAAUUUAGCAUCACAAUUCUUUACAAAAAUGUUAAUGUUUCUUAAUAAAUUAUUUUCAUUUUCGACAUUAGGAUCAUCAAGUGAAUUAAAACCAUUAAUUAAGAGUUUAAAUCGUAUCGCCGAUUUAAAUAAUGAACAAUUAAGUCAAUGGUUAUCACGAUUAGUAUUACCUCCAACUGUGCAUUCAACAAUAACUGCAACAUAUACUCCAGAAGAAUGUAAAGAUGUUUUAGAAACAUUUACAAAACAUUUAGUUAAAAAAGAUUCAGAUGGUAAAAAUAUUAUUGGUGAAGAAGUAUCAUUAUCCGUUCUAUCAACACUCAUACAAUUGGCAAAUGAAUUAUUAGGACCAAGUAAAUUUGCUAUUGGAUUUCCACAAUCUAUUCAAUUACUUAUUAUUCUUGCUGGACAUGGUACUGGUUCAGGACAUACUUAUCUAUUUCAAGCAGCUGCUAUUUGGUUAGAAUUUUGUGCCGAUGCAUUAGACAAUAGUAAUAAUAAAGAUUCAAAAGCUACAACAACAUCAACAGAUGAAACAAAUGUUGAUAAUAGUGGUGGAUCACUAACAUCCUCUCCAUUUUUAUCAUCUCUAUUAUCAUCAACUGAUUGUGCUACAACAAUAGCAACAACAACGGAUGAUCCUGAUUCAAUGUCAAUAUUUCAUUCAAAUAUAUUAGAAGCAAGUGUUUACUUAUUAUCUUAUAUUAAUGAUGUCUUAUCAUCUUUAAAACUACUGACAACACCUUCCGAAGCAGUAACAACAACGUCCGAUGAUCAACCAUCGUUAAAACCAGUUGAACAUUUGGAAGCAGAUGAAGAUAGUGAUGACGAGGAAGAGUUCGAUAGCGAGAAUAAUGAUGAAUCGAAUUAUGUUGAACAAACUCAAAAUAUUGGUGACGCAUUUGAUCCGAAUAAAUUGUGUACAUAUACAAUCACCAAACGUGAAUAUAUGAAUCAACAUUGGUAUCAUUGUCAUACAUGUAGAAUGAUUGAUCGUGUUGGCAUCUGUCAAAUAUGUGCAAAUGUUUGUCAUAAAGAUCAUGAUAUAUCUUAUGCAAAAUUUGGUUCAUUUUUUUGUGAUUGUGGUGCAAAAGACGAUGGUUCAUGUCAAGCACUUGUUAAACGGCCAAUGUUUACACAAACAACAACAAAGACAAAGACAAAAACAACAAUAUCAACAAAGAAUAAAAAUAAAACUAAGAUAAAAAAUCAUAAACAAAAACAAUCAAAACAUAAUAAACGUCAUCAAUUAUUAUCCAGACAAAUUCAACAAUCGCGACAAGAAUUUUAUACAUGUAUUCAAACAAAACAUGUACCUCUAAAUGCAUUGAGAUUAUUACGUAUAUUAAAACCAUAUAUUGAAAAUGAAUAUUCACAAGUGUAUGAUCAACAAAAUAAAUUUAAUAUGACACAAGAAUUUCUCAAAUAUUCAUGGAUAAAAGAUGAACAUCUUGAUAAUACACCACAAUUACUAUCAGUUACAUUGUGUUCACAAGAAGGAGCAUUUGAACACGUUAAAUUAUCAUUUGCCGGUGAACAUGGACAACAAAUAAAACAAUUACUCAGUACAAAUUCAAUUCGUCGUCAAGGUAUGUGUAUAAUGUCAAAUGGUGAACAAAAACAACAUUUAGUCGUUAGUCAAGAAAAAGGGAAACAGUCAAUGAUAACAAUACUACAAUUAAGUACAUUAUUAAAACAAGCUGUUGCUGCUUCAAAUCCCUCUACAUCAGCACCAUCAUCAACAGCAGCAGCUCCAUCAGAUUCUAGCACAGCAUCUAAAAAGAAAUUGACAUUAACAAAAUUAUCAACAAUCAACAUACCAUUUACAAUUGUAACAAUGCAACCAAAUCUAAUUAAUAAUGAUUAUUUAUGUGUUACUGGUCUCAAAGAUUGUCAUAUAUAUAACAUUAAUCAUUUAGGACAAAUAAAAGAGCCAACAAUUGUCUUACAACCAGGUUUAGAUUCAAGUGGAAAUUAUAUUAUUAAAACUCAAUGGUUAUUAGAUAAAAAUCAAACACAGUUGGCUUUGUUAACGGCCGAUUUUAUAAAAAUAUAUGAUCUUAGUAUUGAUAUUGUUAGUCCAAUAUAUUAUUUUCUAUUACCAGCAGGUAAAGUUCGCGAUUGUACAUUUUAUUAUAAGAAAAAUGACUGUGAAUGUUAUAUAUUAAUAAUGGCCUCAAAUGGUUAUAUUUAUUAUGAACAAUUGUGUGAAACAAGUUCAGCUAAAAAUGGUUCAUUCUAUGUAACAAAUACUCUUGACUUAAAACAUGAUACAAUACAAGAAACGAAUGGAAAUGGUAUUAUUCUUGGUGGAGGUGUAUCAGUGUACUAUUCAUCAGUAUUAAAAAUAUUACUUUGGUCGUAUUUACAUGGCAAAAAUUUUUAUGGUAUUAUUGAUGAACAAAAUAUUGAACGAAUGUUAAUGAUACGAUCAAUUGAUAUUAAAAUGUCCAAUGGUACGACGCCAACAAAAUCAACGUAUCAUACACUAUGUCAAUGGUCAGAAAUUCAACGUCAUCCCGGCUUAAUUUGUUCAAUGACACAGAUGACAUCGAAUCCAGUUGUUUUAAUGAUAACACCAGAGAAAGUGCAUGCUCAUGAAGUUAAAUUACCAUCGAAAACGACGAAAACGCAAGAUUUAGCAGCAUUGAGACAUUCAACUAAAGCAUUGGAUUCGACAAUUGAUGAUAAAACAACAUUUAUAUUGUUGGCGGAGGAUGGAAGUUUAAAAAUUUUGUUAGCUGAUUUAGAUAAAACCGAUUAUUGGCUUAAUAAAAAAUAUCGAAAGAAAAAACAAUAUCCUACACUCAAACAUGAUCAAAAUGAAGGUGAAGAGGAAGAACAACAUGAAGAGGAAGACGAUGAAGGAAAUGAAACAAUUACACCAACGAAUAGAAAACAACAACAACAAAUUACAUCAGUAAGACCAUUUGACAAUGUGGCGGCAACAGGUACACCGCGAUUUCCGGUUGAUUUCUUUGAAUCGUGUACAUUGUUAACUGAAUAUGAAUUUGGUGGUCGUGAUCUAUUGGAUGUGUACAAUGUAGCGCAAUUAAAACUUCGUUUAUCUUCUCCGGGAAUGUUUGUUGCCAACGUGCGUACCGGUGGUUUUACCUUAGAUGUUAUUAAUAAAGAUCCUGAUAAUACAGUUUUUUGUGGUGUACGAAUUCAUGUUGGUUCGUAUUUAAUUGACAAAUGUCCACAAUAUUUUGAAUUAUUUGGUCGUACGGUCCAAGUGAAUUAUUCACAAGGUCCAAGAUGGUACGAUAUAUGUUUAACAAGACAAGAAUCAUUACAAGCAGAUAAAAAAUUUUCGAUUAUUGUUGGACAAUCUACAGAUACAAAUCAUGUAACAAUUAUUGAUGAUGUUAAAGUAUACGGAAAAACAAAAGACCAAUUCAAUUGGCCAGAUGAUGUUGAUAAUUCAUUAUUGACUUCAUCAUCGUCGCCAACAACAGCUGGUACAACAACAACAACACAAGCAUUGUCGACAUUAAGCAAUAGUGAUAGAGAAAUAGCAACAUUAUCACUCAUGGACAAAUUAAUUAUGUACAGUAUGAAUGUUCUAACUGGCUCGUUAACGUUAAAUCAAUUGGAUGAAACUGAUCGUGUCAGAAUAAAUCAAGACAUUGUAUACAUAACAUCAAAAUUUUUUCAACUAUCCAUUCCACUUAGUAUUCAAAAAUGUUGUCGACAACUAUUAUGUGAAUAUUAUUCGCCUAAUCAGGAUUUGUACAAUAAUAAUUUAGAUCAUUUACAAUUAGACAUUAUUUCAACUUGUCUCUCCUCAGAAAAUUUUCUUGAUUCAUUUGAUAUUGAAACAUACGAAAGUUUAUUAAUUACAUUAUCGUCAAUAGCACGUAAACGUCCACAAAGUAUUAUACGUUAUUUAAAUAUUGUUGAUCAAUCAGAAGCAGCGAAAAAUAAAGAUGCCAUCUCAAAAUCGUCAUCGAUCACUAUUUUUAUACCACGACUUGUCAAUAUAUUUAUUCAUUUGUUAAAUAAUCGUCCAUCAAGUUCAUUAUUAGAAUCUAUCGAUAAUCCGUCUAUCGAUUUAUCAUCGAUUGAAGUUACUCUGCGAUUGUUAGUUGAUCUAUAUCAUUCACUCGCAAUAUAUGAGCCGACAGUAUGUAUGAAUUUAGUUGUCGAUGCGUAUCUUAAAUUGCUGACAUACAACGAUUAUCAUAUUAACUUCAUGAUGAAAAAUUCAUUAAAUCGUUGCAUGCAACCAAAAAUAAGACGUCUGAUAUCAAAAUUAUCUACAGCAAGUGAUACAAGUCAACGAGGCAUAGGAAAAGAAAGUAGACAAGAUAAAGAUAAUGAUAAUUCACAAUCAGGUUUAUUUCAGCCAAUGCAACUAUCAGCAAAUAUAUAUAAUGAUUUGAGAGCGUCUAAUUUAUUUACAUCGGCAGCUCAAACGCAACCGCCAUCUUCACUUCCACAACAGCCGCAGAGACAAUCGUCAACUGCAACUGAUCGUCUUCGUCAACCGUGGUCAGAGUUAGCUGCAUUUUCCUCUGCUGUUCAAGCGGCUACUAUAACGACGACUGGUGAGACCAAUACCACAUCAACAGCACCAACAACAACAACUACACCACCGAUGAAUCUCAGUCCAUUCGGUGGCGAAUUUUUUAGUCAGAUGUUUCAACAGAGUGGUUUAGAAAUGCCUUCGGCUAAUAUUAAUUCUGGAUCCGGUUCAUUAGCGUCUGCUGGCACGGUACCUCAGUUUGAUGGUGCUGGUAAUCAAGAUGAAGAUGAGCAAGAAAACGCUAUAUUACAGUUUGCAUUAGCAAUGAGUUUACAAGAUAAUAGUACUGCAGGUAGCACUGGUACCGCAAGUGCAAACAAUGGAGUAGAAUCACAAGCAACUGGCAAUACAAGUCAUAUUGCACACGGAUCAGCUUCGACUAAUCAACAUGCUGUAGAAUAUGGAGAUGAUGAUCCAGACGAUGAAAUCGACGAAGAUGAGGAUGAAAUGGAUGAAAAUUAUAAUUUGGCAAAUGCUGGACAUGAAGAAUCACAUAAUCCAGACGAGCAAGAUCCGGAUAUGCAUCAUAUGAUGAUGAUGAUGGCUGCAGCAGCUGCUUCCGCUCUUCAAGAAGAAGCAUCUGUGACAGACAAUGCUUUAGAACAACCACCACGUCAAGGUCAGCAAACACAUCAAGAUUAUUCUGAAACAAAUAGCAUGUACGAUGGUGAAGCUGAUGAUCAAAAUGGUAACGCGUCUGAAACAAGUUCAGUGAAUGGUGAUGGUCCAAUAGAAGUACCAGCAACUAUGAAUAUGAGUAUAAUAGCAACACCAAAUACACCGUUAACAGCAGUCACGCCAGCAACAACGCAAAAUACUAAUGAUUUAUAUUCUCCAAAUACAACUGUUCAUAGUGGCGAUGGAGGUCGGGGUAGUGGUAGACGACAUGAAAAUUAUUUAAACGGAAUUGAUCAUAACUUAUAUGAACAACGUUUGUAUAGUAUGAAACGUUUGAUUGUUGAAAAAUUAUUAGAAAAUAUUGAGCCAGAAUUGAUGAUGGAGAACAGUGGUAUUAAUUCUAUUGCUUAUUUACAAUUAUUAUUGACGUUGACAAUUGAAUUUGCAUCGCAGAAUAAAGAUAAAGAUUUUGUAGAAUAUAUUAUCAAAACAUUAUUGAAACAAAUGAUAUUUAUUAAAAAUAUUAAAGAAAUUGAUCUGGAAGAUUUAACCGAUGAUGAAGAUAUUAUUAAACGUAGUCCAAAAAAAGAAAUACAAUUAAUGUUAUUAAGAUUAUUCACCGUUUAUGUAUCUUUUAUGUUAAAAGUUCAACCAAAUGAGCGUGAACAAUAUCGACAUUUAUCUGUGACAACAGCCAAUUAUCUUAAUGAGAAUGGUGUAGCCGAUUAUUGUUUGUAUGUGCUAAAAGCUGUUUAUAGAUAUUUAAUGAAACAACCAAUUAAUGAAAGCACAACAGCAGAACAAGCGUUAACCCAGCAACCACAACAACCUCAACAAUCGGCAGCGAACUUGGCAGCGCCAGCAUUAUUGAAGCCAUUAUUAAAACAUACAUUACCUGAUUUAUCACCAUUUUUUUAUAAACCAUAUACAAAACAUCAUGCAUCAGAUGUAUUUGAAUCAUACCCAGAAUUAUUAGCAGAAAUAGCAACAAGACUACCAUAUCAAAUGAAAAAAGUGUUUGAUAGUAUUGAAUCUGGUGGACGCUCGUUUGAUUUAUCAUCCUCUUGGCAAACAUGUCUAUGUGAAUAUCUCGUUUUACCUCAAGCAUUAUUUCUCAAAAGACAAAUUCGUAAAUUAUUGUUAUAUAUCUGUGGUACACGUGAAAAAUAUCGAAAAUUAAGAGAUAUUCAUGUACUAUCAACAAAUUUAAUUGAAAUAAAAACAAUUUAUCAACAGAACUUUUUAGUUGGAGAUCUACAACAACGGAAAACAGCAACAUCAUUAUCACAAAUUUCAUAUACAACACUUGUCACACUGGUUGAUCGUCUCAAAUCAUGCCAGGAUAUAAGUGUUCAACGUCGUCUUAAUUGGCAAAAGUUUUGUAAACGUGAUUCAUCCAUUCUACAAUUUUUAUUUGAAUUAUGUUUAUUAGUCGAUGAUUCUAUUGUUCCAUUUGUUUUACAAUGUGUGGUAAAUGCUGUAUCGUCAUCUUCGUCAUCCUCCACAUCAACUUCAUCCACUUCUCAAACAUCAUUUGGUCGUAGUUUAAGAUCAUCAAAGUCGACUCGUCCACCAGAAUCAACUUCGAUGCCAUUGACAUCAUCUCAAACUGACGCUAUUGAAGAUCUUUCAUCUUACUCGAUUGCAGCACAAAUUCAUAAACAUGUUUCGCCUGAUGUACUGAAAUUAUUUUUGAAACAAUUCUUAUUAGACAAUAAUCAACAGCAAAUUCGUUGGUUAACUCAUACGUUUUUCUACAAUUUAUAUAUAAAUUCAAAUUUGCAAUUUCAAGAACAAUUAUAUGAAUUAUUAAUGGAAUUAUGGCCAAUAAUACCGCAUUAUGGUUCAAAAGCAUUUCAAUAUAUAGAUCUCUUAGGUUAUCUUGUUGUUAAAAUGUGUAAAACGGAUGCAGACACAACAAAUGAUAAAAUUUCAAAAUUUUUAUCUAUGCUAGAAACAUUACUGAAAGAUGAAAAUUUGUUGUUAUCAAAUCAUCCAAAUUCAUCAAUUUAUCGUCGUUUAUCGACUAUUAUUGAUUUAGAUCAAGGAGGAUAUUAUUUAGAAAAUGAACCGUGUCUAGUAUGCAACAAUCCUGAUAUACAAUAUCAAUCGAUAAAAUUACAAUCAAUUAAAUUAGAUCAACGAUACACAACACAAUCACAUAUCAUUAAAUUAAUUCAAUGUUAUUCCAUUCAAAAAUUACAUAUAAAAUUAUCCGAGAUUAAACGUCAAAAAAUGGUUCGUACAAUUCGAUUUUAUUAUAAUAAUCGAAAUGUUCAAUCGAUUGUUGAUUUAAAAAAUAGUGUCAAUUGUAAAUGGAUGUUAGCUAAAACAAUAAAAUUAAAUCCAGCACAAAACGAUUGUAAAAUUGAUUUUACUCUACCUAUAAUUGCUUGUAAUUUACAGAUUGAAUAUGUUGAUUUUUAUGAAUCGAUAACACCCGCUACACAACCAACGGAUGCGACAACAUUACAAUGUCCACGAUGUAAUUCAGCUGUAUCAACAACUCCUGGAAUUUGUCCAAAUUGUGGUGAAAAUGUAUUUCAAUGUCAUAAAUGUCGUUCAAUUAAUUAUGAUGAACGUGAUCCAUUUUUGUGCAAUUCAUGUGGCUUUUGUAAAUAUGCAAAAUUUGAAUUUAAUUUUAGUGCUAAACAUCAAAAUUAUGUUGAUCCAAUUGAAUCGGAUGAUGAUCGAACAAAAACAUUGGCAAAUAUUAGUCAAUUAUUAGAUAAAACGGAUAAAAUCUAUCGUCAAUUGAUUAAUCAAAAACCAUUAUUAGAAUAUUUGUUAACAAAAUUGAAUGAUGAUUCAACAAUGGUAACAACUGGUGGAACAGUUGAUGAACAACAACCGCCAACAGCAACAGCACAGAAUAAUGCUACAUCUGCAGCCGGUGGUGGAAUUAAUAAAAUUGUACAACAAAUAGCACCAAAAUACAAUAUUGAAUGUAGACAAACGUAUGAUGAAUUAGGAAAAUAUAUUCAAAAAAUUAUUUGCUCAAGAAAAGAAUUAUAUGACUAUGAUAAACGACAUAAAACAACAACGAUUACAAUUGAGCGAGAUCAACCAAAUUUAUUAACAACACCAGUAAAUAAUUGUUAUGGUUGUACAUUAUCAACAAUUUCUCAUUGUAUUUUACUUUUACGUUCACUAUGUUCAACAUCAUCUAUAAUUAAAAAACGUUUAACAACUAAUAUGUCUUUAAUUAAUGAACUAUUAUUAAAUAAUAUUCGUUAUUCAAAUCAACAAAUACGAUCAGAUGUACGUCUUCUAUUAUCUCAUUUAACACGUGAUAAUCCAACAUUAACUGAUUAUAUAACAGAAUAUAUUUAUGAUAAAAUUGAUCGUUCAUUAGAUCAAUCACCUCAAUCUCUUCAAUAUUUAGUAAAUAGUGAAUUAUUAGUAUUAUAUACAUUUAUACAACGUUUUAAUGAUGAUGAUACAUGUUGGGAGAAAAAAUUUCGUUGUGUAUUAAAAAUAUUUUUAAAAAGUGUAACAAUUAAAAAUCCAAAUGUAUUAGAAACAAUUACAUUACCAAGUUUAAGAAUGAUUCUUCAUUUAUCACGACCAUAUGGAACAUCAAUAACACAAGCUAUUUCAACAUCAACAAAAAAAAUUUUACCACUAUCAUCAACAGAUGAGAGACAAAUAACAGCACCAGCAAAUAUUGAUGUUGAAAGUUUUUUAAAUAAACAAUUUUCUUAUAAUGAUUGGAUAACAUCAUUAAAUCGUCAACAACAACAAUCCGAUUCAUUAACAACAUUUUCAUUAUCAUCAUUGGAUACACCCGAUUCUUGGUUAAAAAAAUUAUUAUUUUGUCCUCAAUCUCCAACAAUUCGUUAUUUAACAUGUAAAUUAAUUCAAUCUUUAUGUUGGAAUGAAAAACAUAAAUUAACAAUUAUUUAUAUAUUAAUAAAUUAUCUACAUAUGAUUAGUGAUCUUAGUCAAUAUGGUGAAUAUUCAAAUGAAUAUUUACAAUUAAUUAAAGAUUUAAUAGAAAAUGAUACAAAAUUAAAAAUGAAAUUAUGUGAAGAACCAAAUAAUAUUUUAAAACGUUUAGCACAAUUAAUAUCAAAUGAAUUAGUUAUUAUACAAAAAUAUGAACAAGCAAGUUUUCAUUCUAGUUUAACAUUUGGUUAUUCAAUUAAAUGUCUAUCAGAAUUAUUAAAUCUAUUUUUACAACAACAAGAUAUUAGACAAAAAUAUAAAUCUAUUUUAAUUGGUGUUGUUCUAAACAGUUAUUUAUCAUUAAAAAAAUUAAUUAUACAACGAACAAAAUUAAUUGAUGAAGCACAAACAAAAAUGUUAGAAUUAUUAGAAAAAAUUACAACGGGAAAUGAAGACGAAACAAAACAAUUUAUGAUCGUAUGUAUCGAUACAAUAGAUAAAUUUGAUUUGGAUGAUAUGAUGACACCACAAUUUAUAUUUGAAAGAUUAUGUAAUUUAAUCUAUCCCGAAGAAACUAUACAAGGAAAUAAAGAAUUUUUUCUAAUAUUAGAAAAAGAUCCAAAUCAAGAAGAUUUUCUUCAAGGACGCAUGGUCGGUAAUCCAUAUAGUUCAACUGAUCCACAAAUGGGUCCAUUAAUGCGUGAUAUUAAAAAUAAAAUAUGUACUGAUUGUGAAUUAAUCGCCUUAUUAGAAGAUGAUAAUGGAAUGGAAUUACUAGUUUUAAAUAAAAUAAUUAAUUUAAAUUUACCUGUGAAAGAUGUUUAUAAAAAAGUUUGGUUGGCUCAUGUUAAUCAAGCACAACAUCCACCAACUUCUCAACAGCCUGUUGAUCCUGCAGCAGCUGCAGCUCAACAACUUGCAGUUGUACAACAAAAUGAAAAUGAUCCAAUGCGUAUUGUUUAUCGUAUGCGUGGAUUACUCGGUGAUGCAACAGAAGAUAUUAUUGAAACAUUUGAUGCUAAAAAAGCGACGGGUGAUGAUGAAAAUAAUCCAGAAGAUAUUUAUCGUUUAGCUUCUAUAUUAUGUGAACAUGGUGGUUUAGAAACAAUGUUAAAACGUUUAGAAUCAAUUAAAGAUAUGUCAAAUGGUAAACAAUUAUUACAAGUAUUAUUAAAAUUAUUUGAAUAUGCAAUUAAACUAAAAGCCAAUCGUCAACGUUUAAUUGAACCACAAUUAAAAUCAAUAACAUGUUUAUUAAAUAAAUUAAAUUUACUAUUAAAAACCGAGAUUGAAGAACAAGGAAAAGAUCAAUCGUUAUUAGCAUUAACUGAAAAAUUAUUAUCAAUUAUGGAUACUUUAUUUCAUGAAGCAAGUACAACAUUAAAUCAAGAUAAAUAUAAUGAAUUUUCAGUGUCAUGUGAAGGUGAUAUAGAACAAUUACGUUCAUUAUUAAAUUAUAUCAAAUUAUCAUUUGUUAAAAGUCAUCCAUCUUUGAUGCAAGCAUUAAUUCGUCUAUUACCAUAUUUGUCAUUUGGUAAUAAAGAUAAAAUGCAAACAUUAUUAGAUUAUUUUAAACCAUAUUUGGAAUUUGAACGUUUUGAUCAAGAACAAUCAUCAACGGGAACAACCAUUCAUGAUAAUGAUAAUACAUUACAUUUAGAUUGUUUUUGUGAAAUAUGUAAACAUUUAGAUAAAACAUCAAUUUAUGGUAAAGAAUUUCGAGAUUUAAUGAAUUGUCCACAAGGUAUUAUUGAACAAUGUAUUAAAUAUAUUGAAACAAAUUCACCACAAGUAACAUCUUAUUUGGGCACACAAGAUCAAAAUAAAUGGAAAGAAUUCUCUCAAAAACCAUCAUUACCGUACAUAUUAAGAUUAUUAACGGGUUUAUCCUAUGGACAUGAACAAAUACAAAUGAAAAUUGGACAAACGUUAAUACCAACAUUGCAUAAAAUUGAAUUAAUGACAACAGCUGGAAAAGUGGGAGUACUUGCUGAAGAUCUCUUACAUUCGUUGACAGAAAAUCAAACUGUUGCAAAAAUGAUUGAUGAUGUUCGAAAUCAAACACGUACAGAAAAGAAACGUUUAGCAUUAGAAGCACGUGAAAAAAAAAUGAAAGAACUGAACUUAGGGACAAAAUCGAGAGGACAAAGUGUAUGUGAAUUACCAGAAGUCGUAAAUGUAGCAUCAGAAUUAGCAGAAGAAUCUGGUCAUGUUUGUUGUAUAUGUCGAGAGGGUUAUAAAUAUCAUCCGAAUAAAGUUUUGGCCAUUUAUACUUUUACAAAAAAAGUUGAUAUUGAACCAAAUGAAUAUAAAACAAGAAAAUCACCUGGUUAUUCGACUGUAACACAUUUUAAUAUUAUCCAUAUUGAAUGCCAUAAUUCAGCCAUAAAACAAGCACGUUCUCGAGAUGAAUGGGAAUCAGCAUUAUUACAAAAUGCUAAUACAAGAUGUAAUGGAUUAUUGCCCGUAUGGGGACCAGAUGUUCAAGAAGCUCAAUUUACAACAGCAUUAGCCAGAUAUGAUACUCACAUAGUCGAAGCAACUGGUGUUCGUGAAACAUCUCCAUCUUUGUCCAUUCAUGAUAUUAAAUUAUUGUUACUACGUUUUGCUGAAUUACAAUCUUUUAGUGAGGAUACUGGAGGUGGUGGUAGAGAAUCGAAUAUACGUCUAAUACCAUAUGAAAUACAUGCUGUACUUUAUGUAUUAAACACAAGUCGACAGAUUGAUCGCGAAGAAAAAAUAUUACAAAAUUUUCUUAAUGUUACUCGUCAAGAACAAUGGAUUAGUGAAGCAUUUGAGAUCGAUGGUCCAUUUUAUAUGGCAGCAUUAGCAUUGGUUCUUAUGAAACCCAGUGAUUGGGAAAAACAUCGCAUCACAUUUUUACAACAUUUAUUAACUACUACCCAUGUACGUUCGACGAAUAAUUCUAACGAAAGGACAAAAGUAUCUUCAAAAACAUUGAAACCAUUCUCAACAUAUAAAACAUGUUUGAUAUUUUUUGGACUAAUUAAUGGAUUUUUUACACACAUGUUCAAACGUGUUUCUGACGAAUCAAUGACGACUCCAUCCACACCUGCUGCUGCUGCUGCUGCUACUGCUACAGCUACAGCCACAGCCACAGCCACAGCUACCUCAACCACCUCCACAACAUAUCAUCAUCAAUUAGCUAAUUUCAUACGUUCAAAUGAUUCUUAUGUGAUGGAAAGAUGUACAAAAAUUUUAAAACACUUUGAACAAGAUUUAAUACCAUCUGAAACAAUGAGUGAUUUAUUUCACGCACUAGGUUUAUUAACAUUGAUUACAAAUCCGGAACAAUGGUUGAAAGAUGCUGUUAACUCAUUGCCAUGA